AUGGACAAGGAAGAGCUAGAGCUCAAGUGCCAUUUGAAAGAGAUCAAAAAGAAAGAGCUGCAGAGAAGAAAACUCGAACAAUCCAAACGAAAAGAUAUUACAGAAGAAAAAAAGUACGAACCGACAGCUAUAUACAUUUCAAAUCUAUCAACGAAAGAUAUCGAUGAACAGCAGCUUAUAAAUGAGUUCUCCAAAUAUGGAGCGAUAAGAAAAGAUCAAGAAGGUAAUGUCCGAUGUAAACUCUAUAAAGACUCUGAGGGAAAACUAAAGGGUGAUGCGUUGAUCAUAUAUGUCAGAAAGGAGAGUGUGCCAAUGGCAAUUGAAAUGAUGGAUGGAUAUAGGUUCAAAAACUCAGUACUCGAUGUGAAAGUGGCUGAUUUUGAAAAUCAAAGAAAGAGAUCAUUUGAACCAGAGGACAGUGACAAUAGCGAGAAAACCAAAAAACAACAGAAAACGUUAUCAGGACCACGGGAAAGUAAGAAAAUGCAGCAGGUGUCGCAAAAAUUCGAAGAAAAUCAAGACAAGAUUGUAAGAAGUAUCAAAAUCAGUAAUAUUGUUGGUAUUUACGAUCAAUUAAGCAAAGAGGAGUUGAACGACAUAAAAGCGGAUAUUCUUGAAGGAUGCUUGGAUUUUGGACCUGUUGAAGAUGUUCAACUAUCUCCAGAUUCGGGUGAGGCCGCUGUAGUCUUCAAAUAUUUAAAAGAUGCUCAGAGCUGUUCCAAAAAAAUGAAUGGGAGGUUUUUUGGCGGAAGAGAACUGGUAUCAUUUUUGAUGAAUGAAGAGGUCUCUUCACAAAGCGAUAAUUUGAAAAAUUACGCAUUGGAAGAUGACCUUAUAGAGUAA